AUGAGCUUCAUCCCGAGGCAUGGGGACCACGAGCACGGACAUGGAGACAAGGAGGAAUCUGGACAUGGCCAUGGGAAUGAGGAUUCAAUCAGGCAGCAGGCUCUGGCGUCGCUGUACUGGUAUGUUGUUGCCGCGGUCCUCGUCACCGGAUUUAUUGCGAGGUUGAUUGUGGCUUUCAUUGCCCGCCAGAGGACGAAGAGGAGAGAGUUGCGGCCCAGUCAUGACUCCUCAGUAUCAACAGUUGAAAGAUUGUUCGAAGGCCCGCGUGCUGCCGUUUCCAAUUCAUUUCUCUCCCGCCGUCGCCCUCUCUGGUUGGCCACUCUUCCAUUGAGAAAGACAUUCCUAGUCGUCGUAUACGCCGCAUUUAUAAGCUUCCUCUUGACUUGGAGGGCUGUUAAGCAUGACGGCAACUACAUGGAACGUCUUGGGUUCCGCGCUGCCUGGGUCACAGUCACCCAGACAUCCAUGCCCUUCCUGCUCGCUGCUCGAACCAAUCCCAUCGGCCUCAUCCUGGGUACAUCGUAUGAGAGGGUCAAUUGGUUCCACCGAUGGGUGUCGCGUAUUUUUGUUGCUACUGCGACUAUCCAUGGGACAUUCUUCGUCACCGAGUGGAUUGCGGCAGACUUCUUCUGGACUGAGCUGAGGACUGUUGGUAUGGUAAAAUGGGGACUCGCCGCUUGGAUUGUCCUGGUUUGGACGCUGGUAUCUACGCUGGCUCCCUUUCGGCGCCUCCGAUACGAGUUCUUUGUCCUGCAACACAUCACCUCGGUGGUGCUGUUGUUGGUGUUUCUGCUUCUUCACGUUCCCGACCAUCAUCAGUUUAGCGUCUGGUGUGCUGUCGCCGCGUUCUUGUACGAUGUCGUUACCCGUUCAGCCAACCCUCUCUGGCGAAACAUUCGUCUUGGCCUGUCAUCGGGAAUCUUCACCCGGUACGCGUACCAGGCGCAGAUCGAUGCUGUCGAUAGCGACUUGACGGUUGUCACCAUUCGCAAUGUGGGCUUCAACUGGGUACCCGGCCAACACGUUCUCAUCUGGUCGCCUGCCUUUCCUCGACAGUUCCCGCAUCCAUUCACUAUUUCUAAUAUCCCUAGUACAGACACACCGAGCCGCGAUCUCCAGUUAGUACUCAAGACAAAAGAUGGAUUUACAAAGGAACUGAACAACUGGGCUCGGAAGGCGGAAAACAACGGAAGCGAUGGCGCCUUGCGUGUUCUUCUUGCGGGACCCUAUGGUGCCAUGCCAAACUGGAAGCAAUACGACAAUGUGGUAUUGGUCUCAGGAUCAACCGGAGGUUCCUUCACGGCUCCUGUUCUCGAAGACCUUCUCACGUCGCAGUCACUAGGGCGGGUGCGAAAGCUCAGCGCCCUCUUCAUUGCCCGUCAAAAAGCUCACGUGGAACCUUAUCUUCAACGAAUUUCUCGACUGGUUUCCAGGGCAAAAGAGAUGGGCAUUUCUGUGCGAAUCGAGGUUGCUGUCACCAAGAGUGCCCGGAACGUCGCGCACCUGGACGAAAAUCCAGCAAACGAGAGCCGGGAGAGACUGAUCGAACCAGAGCCGCGCCACGAAGGGAGAAGUGAUAGCGUGGAAUUGGAGCGGUUUUCGAUUGACUCGAAUAAAUCGCUUGGCAGCGAGAGGGCUGACCAGUUAUUGAAGGAAGAAGUGGAACUCGGUUUAGACGACGGGUAUGCGUACGACGCUUCGCCCAUCACGGAGACCGAAGGGCGCCCAGACAUUGCCGCCUUUUUGUCCACAGCGAUCGGAAACGUCCCUGGAAGUGUCGCGGUAGCUGUUUGCGGUGGUAGCCCGAUUGAGAAGUCAGUUCAGAUGGCUGUCGCAUCUGUUCGAAGGGAUCGGGUGGAAGGGUUGGGCGCACAUGAUGUUUUCCUUCACGUAGAACGGGCAGAUAUGUAG